AUGGAGGUCACGCGUCUGUACGCCGUCGUGCUGUUGCUCUGCCUUCCCCUUGUUUGGGUUGCCGGGUUUCGAGGAGGAACGCCGACUGUCUCGAAGGUGCUUGUAAAGAAGCUCAAAGGAAAUUGGCGCAGCAAGAAGCUGAAGAAGAAGCUGAAGAAGAGCAAGCUGCGCAAGAUCCUGGUGCCGGUGGCGGUGCUGCUGCUGCUCAAGGCGCUGACGGUGGUGCCGCUGGUGCUGGGCAUCCUGGGCGUGAAGGCGUGGAACGCGCUGCAGCUCAGCUUCGGCUCCUUCGUGGUGUCGCUGGCACUGGCGGUGUUCCAGCUGUGCCAGAAGCUGGCGCGCGACAGCCCGCCGCCCCCGCAGCUGGUGGCGUCGCACCCGCGGCGGCCUGGCACGCCAGCGCCCGCGCCGCGCCGGGCCGACGAACUCCCUUCCCGCCUACGCCCCCUAGCGCCUCCCUUCCCCCUCCCCUCCCCCCCCGCAUUUGCCUUGCGCACUCGACCCCGUACCAGUGAGCCACCUGCCUAG